AUGGCUGAAGCUGUCAGAUUAACGCUUUCCUCAUCGACCACACUUAAUGAUGGACAUAAAAUUCCUUUAUUAGGAUUGGGAGUAUAUCAAGCGCCUAAAGGUCUUCCCACUCAGAAUGCUGUGACUUGGGCUCUAGAGGCGGGAUAUAGACAUAUUGAUACCGCAACAUUAUACGAUAACGAAACUGACGUAGGAAUUGCCGUUAAUAAAAGUGAAAUUCCACGAGAAGAAAUAUGGAUUACAACAAAAGUCUGGAAUUCGGAUCAAGGAUAUAAAAAAACAUUACAAGCAGCCGAAAGAUCUUUAGAAAAAUUAAACACGGGUUAUAUUGAUUUAUUGAUCCUACAUUCACCAUUACCAGGUCCUAAAUUACGUAAAGAAAGUUAUGAUGCUUUGCAACAAUUGGUUAAAUUGGGUAAAGUUAAAAGUAUUGGGGUGUCAAAUUAUGGCGUAACUCAUUUAAAAGAAUUAUUGAAUCAAAACCCCAAGAUUAAGCCAUCUGUUAAUCAAGUUGAGAUUCAUCCUUGGUUGACGAGAAAUGAUAUCGUAACAUUUUGUGCUCAAAAUAAUAUUGUGGUAGAAGCUUAUUCUCCGCUUACUAAAGGAAAUAAAUUAAAAGAUAGAGAUUUGAUCAAGAUAGCUCAAAAAUACAAUAAAUCAUCUGCUCAAAUUUUAAUUCGAUGGGGACUUCAACACGGAUUUGUUACUUUACCAAAAAGUAUAAAUAAAGAUCGUAUUAUUCAAAAUGCUAACGUAUAUGAUUUUGAAAUUGAAAAAGAAGAUAUGGAAUCACUUGAUAAAUUAGAUCAACAUUUGGUUACAGGUAGUGUUUUAAAGAUUUUCAUGAAAUUAUCAAAAUAA